UUCAAAAUGGCGGCGCCCAUGGACGACGUGUGUUUGUGUAAAAUGUAAAUUGAUUACAAUUUUAAAGAUUAAUUUGACAUCUAAUCUAAAGUACCGUUAGACCACAAUAAUGAAUGAAGAGAAUUUUCCACGUGGUGGGAGGCGAGACAGGGCAUCUACAAUAGAACAAACUGAUGCAGAUAAGAAAUCCCACAAAAAAGUCCCAAAGCGAAAGGAUGAAAAUCUGUUUGCGGAGAAAGAUGGUAGCAGUGAGAAGAAGAAAGGAAAAAGAAGCAAGUCUGAAGAUGGAGGAGCGGGGAAACAGAAGAAAAGUCGUAUGGAAGGGGACAUGGUGGGCAAGAUCAACAUCCUCACCCCCACAACACUCAACAAGAAGAGCCUUUACCCUGGUAUGUUGAUGCUGGGUUACGUGAAGGCGGUACACAACCUGUCUCUGACUGUUGCCCUGCCGAAUGGCUUAUCAGGAGUGGUGGAGAUCACCAACAUCAGUACAGCAUACACAGAGAGCCUGCAGCAGUUUGCCCAGCAGCAGGAAGAUGGUGGGGAGGUAGAGUCAGUGGCAUCUUUAGGUGAGCUGUUCCACGCUGGCCAGCUGGUUCCCUGUAAGCUUCUGGAGGGUGGAGGACCGGAGGACGGCAGGAAGCUCAACCUGUCCAUCAACCCUCGUGACGUGAACGGAGACAUUCAGGCAACCAGUCUACGUCAUGGCAUGUGCGUGUAUGGAAGUGUAAUGAGUGUGGAGGAUCACGGGUACAUCAUGGAUAUUGGAGUGAAGGGGGUCCAGGGCUUUGUUAAACAUAAACAUGCCGGCAGAUACAUACAGCUCCACAAUAAGGGUCAUACCCUGUGCGUGGGUCAGUUACUCAUGUGUGGAGUUAACUUGGAGGGGGACAGGAUGGCCGUGCUGACUGGACAACACAGGGUCCUUAACCUGAUUAUUGACCCUGCUAAAUUACACUCUCUGAAAAUGUCAGAUGAAGCUGAUGUGGCAUUUUCAGCUCUCCUUCCUGGCAUGAAAGUUACAGCAACAGUGCAGAAGGUUGUAGGUGAAAAGGGCGUGGUGUUAAAGUUCCACUCCUCAAAGGGUGUGGUCCACAACUCCCAUCUGUCCCACCCUGCCGGAAAAUACACGCAAGGCCAGGAGGUAUCUGCUGUGGUCCUGUCCAUCCACCCUCUUGUAAAGACCAUCCACCUGUCCCUGUUGCCCCAUCUGGCUGACUACACAGGUGUCCCCACCCCCCUCUUCCCCGGGGUUGGGCCAAGCACGGUACUUGAGGCAGCACGGGUCACCCAUGCCGAUAAAACACAGGGAGUCUUCCUCACAUGGCAGGAUAAGCUGCAUCUGUACGCUCAGCUGCACAAUCUCAGUGACAAGAAGAUAGAGAAUGUGGCUCUUGCCUUUAAGCCGGGCACUACACACAGGUCAAGGAUUUUGGGCUUUUAUCCCAUGGAAAAUCUGGUGAUUGUAACAUUGAAGAGGAGUGUUGUGGACGAAAAAUUAAUGAGCAUCACGGACAUCCACCCUGGUGAACUAAUUGAGUGUACUGUGAAGGAGUUAAAGCCUAAGGGCAUCGUCGUGGAGAUGGGUUACCGUGUGUCUGGGUUCAUUCCCAGCAUACACCUGGCUGAUGUGACCUUGACACACCCAGAGGAGAAGUUCAAGGUCGGGACCAAACUCAAGUGCAGGGUGCUAGAAGUGAAUCGUAAGCGAUCGCGAGUGUACCUGACCCACAAGCGCUCUCUGUUGAACAGCAAGUACCCGUUGAUCUCUGCCAUGGACCAGGUGGAGACUGGUAUGGUCCUCGAGGGCUUUGUCUCCAGUAUACAGAAGUUUGGGGUCUUCGUUACUUUCUACAACCAUGUGCAGGGCCUAGUCCCUCGUCCUUUGUUGAGCUCAGAGCCCAUUCCAUACCCGGAGAAGGUGUUUUAUGUGGGGCAGGUGGUCAGAUGUAAGGUCAUAUCUGUCCAGCAAGCAGAAGGGAAACUCAAACUCUCCUUCGUGUUGGAAGGCAAGAAAGAGUUUGGAGCUAGGGAGAAGAUUCCAGAGGGCUUCAAGGUUGGAGAGUGUGUGAAGUGUGUUGUUGCUCAGAAGAAUGCCACAGGGUUGGAUGUGGAGAUAGGGAAUUCUGGGAAACGUGGGUUCCUACCCAGAAUGCACCUCUCUGACUCUGUUGACCUGUGCACGGCAUUGUGGGAGAAAUACCGGGUCGGUGAUGAGAUCGAGACCACCAUGUACUGGAACAAGAACAAGGUGGCUAUAUUGACUUGUAAACUGAGUUUGAUAGAGGCAGCCAAGGAAGGAGAUCUCUGCAAGACAUUUGGAGACAUCGAGCCAGGAAUGAUGUUGCCAGGUGCCAUAAAGAACAUCAUGCCAUAUGGAGUGUUUGUAGAGUUUGCCAACGGGCUGUUUGGGCUUGUACCUAACCAGUAUGGUGUGGACAAGAAGGUUCCAGACCUGGGGAAGGUUUACAGGCCUGGCCAGACAGUGGUGGGCAAGGUCGUGGAGGUGAACCAGGAGAAGGCCCGCUUCCUGGCGUCACUACGCAUGCAGGACUGUUACCAUGGCAACACUGAGACUGGUCUCGACAUCACUGAGGCCCAUCUGAGCGACAGGCAGAAACUGCUGGACAUUGAGGCCAGGGCAGAGGGCAUGAGAGGCACAUUGGCUCGUAUCCCGGUAGGGAGUGUACACAAGGUCAUGGUGACCCAGGUCACUGACCUAGGGGUCAUAGGUCAACUGGAGUCUGGGGUCAAGGUCGUUGUUACCAAGGCUCACAUGAAAGGUGUGGAAGUUGGGGAAGGGGAGAGUGUACAUGGAGCUGUGCUCUAUAUUGACCUCAACAAGCAAUGUGUAGAAGUGUCACUGUUACCUCAGCUAGUCAAAGAUGUGGACAAGAGAACCAGUGCAAAAAAUACACCCGAGAAGGCAAAAGUUGGGCAGAAGGUGAAGUGUGUGGUUCUGCUGGUCAAGGAUGACUACGUGCUGGUCAGUUUGAAGGGUCAUUGUCGGGGUCAGCUAGCCUAUCUGCCUGCUCGCAGGCAUUGGAAUGAUGUUCUUGAGAAGUUCCAGUAUGAAGCUGGCCAAGAAAAUGCCAUUAUCAUCAAGAGGAUUGAUGGGGAGACAAUCUUGGGCUCCCUGAAGGUUCACGAGGACAGAGAGAAGGAGGACGAGGAUCGCGUAUCUCAUAUACCCACACACAACCUCAAACUUGGGGAUAUAUGUACAGCUAGGACUCGUAAGAUCUACAGUGACCAGAUCUACAUCAACAUCAGUGGCACACACGGACGUGUGCAUCAGACAGAGAUGCUUGACAAAAUUGAAAAUGGAACUUCACCUAUACCAGGAAUCAAGAGUGAUUCUGAGGUUAAAGUCCGCGUUAUAGGCUUCAGGGAGGCUAAAACAUUCAAAUACUUGCCAAUAUCGCAUCCCAACCUCCACCGGGCUAUGCCAGAGUGUUCAAUGAAGCCCAGCAUCCUCGCCAUGGAAACCCUACCGCCAGACUUCUCCUGUACGACAGGCAGGCUAGACGUCGGCUCGAAGGUUGUCGCCUUUGUCACUAAGGUGACCGGUCAGUGUGUGUGGACGCAGGUCAGUCCCUCGGUGAUGGGCAAAGUGCAUAUUCUCCACCUCUCCGAUGAUGUCAAGGUCCUGAAGAAGUUCCGGUUACAUUACAUUGUGGGGAAGGGCUACAAUGCCACAGUAAUUGGUGUGGAAAAUGAUGCAGUAGUAGAGCUCUCCUUCUGUGCCAAGAAGGUCGAGGUUCAGGAGGGUCGGCCGACCCGGGGAAUUGUGACGUGCGUACAGCGAGAAACUGGGCUCGUGCUACAGUUACCAGACGGUGUGCGGGGCACUGUAAAUCUGACGGACAUCACUGACCACUUCCAGGACUCCCCGACAACAGGAUUAAAAAAAGGGGACAUAAUCACUGGAACAGUGGAGGAGUUUAACCUGAUAGCCAAGAGGGCAGUUGUCUCCCUUAGACCUAAACGGAAGGAUGAGGGUGAAAUACACGACCCGCGGGUAGGGAGUGUGGCAGAGUUGAAGGAAGGACAGGUUCUGCGCGGCUACAUCACCUCUCUCUCACACAAUGGAAUCCAUGUCAGCCUGGGUCAUGGUGUGUGGGGCAUGGUGCCUCCAGAUGCCAUCAUAGCUGAUCGCUCCCUUGACCACACUACUGACCACUUCACUGUUGGCCAAGUUGUCACAGUCAAGGUUAAAAGCAAAGCAGAAGACGGCUCCAAGAUCAACCUGUCCAUGCUUCAGAAGGACACAGGGGUGGCCGUCAAACUCGGCAAGAAGAAACAGCGACAGAGAAAACGGACGCUGUCUUCAUCUUCUGUUGGGUCGGACGACGGCGUGUCAGAGAAUAAGAAGGUUAAACGACAAAGAAGUUUGUCUGCAGGCAGUGUAGACAUGGAACAGGAUGCAGAGGACAAAGCUGUAGAUAGUGAUGUUGAAGAGGACAUUGCUGAUCAUGUGGACUUACCUGUGAUGAAAGUUGAGAAGAAGAAGAAAAGUGGAAAGAAGAAGUCUUCUGAUGACAAUAGUGAUAUUAUCAGUGGUAUAUCUGAUCUUAAAACUAGAAAAAUAAGUGAAAGUUCAGAAACUGAAAAAGGAAAAAAGAAGAAAAGAAAAAAGAAGGGUGAAAUAAUUGAAGAUAAGUCACAGGAUCUGGUGUUAAGUGACAAGGAAAAUGAGGUCAUUGUUAAAAGCAAGAAAGUAUCUAAAAACAAAAAAGAUAAAACUGUUAAGACAGCUGAAACUGUAUCUCAAGAAGUGAUGGAGGAUAGCGAAGGCCAUGAUUCUGACAGUGGAAUAGAGGUUAAAGUUAUGUCCACAGCCUCUGAAAAGAAGCCAGUACUUGAUGUAGGGGCUGGAUUUUCCUGGGAUACGGAGUUCAAGAUCCCUGCCCUUGGCUCAGGGGAGACCAGUGACGAGGACUCCGACGAUGACAACAAUCAGCCACAAGUAAAGAAAUCGAAAGAAGAGAUCAGGCGUGAAAAGGCUGAGGAAGAAAAGAAGUUAUACAAGUAUGAGAUGGAAGUGUUGGGUGGGGACAGAAGGCCAGAAACAUCAGACGACUUUGACAGACUGGUUCUCCAGUCUCCCAACAGCUCGCUUGUCUGGUUGCGCUACAUGGCCUUCCACCUGGAGUCUACUGAGAUAGACAAGGCUCGCUCCGUUGCUGAGAGGGCUCUUAAAACCAUCUCCUUUAGAGAGGAGCAGGAGAAGUUGAAUGUCUGGGUGGCAUACUUGAAUCUGGAGAACAUGUAUGGCACAUCUGAGUCUGUGGGAGAGGUUCUAGCUCGAGCCACCAAGCAAUGUGACUCCAUUGCUGUCAACCUCCAGAUGGUCAACAUAUACACAACAUCUGGCAAGAUGGAGGAGGCUGAGCAAGUGUACAACAACCUGGUCAGGAAACAUUCUGUCAACAAGAAUGUCUGGCUCAAGUUUGGGGAGUUUUACUUCCAACAGGGGCGGUCUGACUCUGCACGAAAACUCAUGCAGAGAGCCCUUAAGAGCCUGGACAUGAGACAUCAUGUGGACGUGAUUACACGGUUUGCCCAGUUUGAGUUCAAGCUCGGGGAGCCGGAGCGAGGCAAGACGAUGUUUGAGAACACCCUGAGCACGUACCCCCGCCGUACUGACCUUUGGUCAGUCUAUAUCGACAUGGUCACCAAGAUUGGACAGCAUGAUAAUACGAGGAGCCUCUAUAACAGAGUGAUCAGCCAGAAGAUGUCGGCCAAGAAGAUGAAGUUUUUCUUCAAGAAGUUUCUGCAGUUUGAGGAGAAAUUUGGGAGCCCAUCCCAGGUGGCUGAAGUGAAAAGAAAGGCCCUUCAAUAUGUGGAGGCUGGGGCUGAGUAGGGGGUGAAUGGAGGUGUAGGGGUUGAUAAUUUGUUUCAUUUAGAAACGGGAACAGGCAGCUGAUGUCAGAAGAAAGGCCCUGCAAAAUGUGUAAGGAGAUCAUCACAUAUUGUGAGAGUGAGAGCUACAUGUACAUGUAGCAUUUUAUAACAUUGACUCACUGUGUGGCCAGACAUGCAUGGACUUACGUGGCUGUAUAUGAGUGUACAUGUAUGGUUUGUUUCCAAGAUUACAUUUGACUUUAUGAAAUAUGAAAUAUACAUUGGUCUAGACUUGUUCCUACUUGCAGGUGAAGUCUUUUUGUUUCGCAUAGUUGAUGGAUUGUAAUCGUACAACUUGUACAAUAUAGAUAUUAAACUUUUAAUUCUUGA